AAUUUCCCUUGUUUCUCACUACAAACCUAUCGGUCCUUGCCCGGCUACGUCGUCGCCACCCUCGCCGCCUCCGCUUCCGACUCCUCCUCCCUCCGUUCCGCCGCGAAAUCCCCGAACCCUAAACGCGAGGACGGAGACUCAUUCUAAUCCUCCGAUGAUCCCUCCUUCGCCGGAGGAUCCCGCCGCCGAAAACCUAGUCAAGAACGUCGCUUCCGUCCUCCUCGCCUCCCAGACACCCUCCGCUCCUCCGCUCGAAGAGUCCCUCGCCCCUUUCCUGCCCCGCGUCUCCCCUCCGCUCGCGGCCUCCAUCCUUUCUACUGCGGCAUCCUCCCCGUCCUUUUCCUCCCCUGCUCCCCUUAUCGCCUUCUAUCAACUCAUCCAAAGACGUUUUACCUUUCCCCCCGACAAUUCCAACGCCGAGAAGCUUCUACCUUCCCUCGUUGCCCUCCUCCCGUCCCUCGUUCGGUUCAACAAGUUCAGCGACGUCAAGUCGCUCUUUCUCUCCUUCAUCCGCCUCGACCGCCGCCGUCUCCUCCACCUCCAACUCCUUAGUGGCCACCCGAAGCUGCCAAAGUACGUACUUGACAUCGCCGUCUCCUCCUAUGCGCAACUCCGCCAGCCUCACCUCGCCAACCAGAUUUUCCAGAUCAUGCGCCGCCUUCACCUCCGUCCCUCCCUAAUAACCUCCAAUGCUCUACUCUCCGCCUUCGUCCACUCCCCCACCGCCUCACCCUCCGUCCCGUUUUCUCUGUUCCAUGAGAUGAUUUCACUCGGCGUCUCCCCCAGUAUCAACACCUUCAACAUCCUCAUUUACGGUUUCUGCGCCCGUGCCCAAUUUACUGAUGCACACGCCCUUCUGUCCAGAAUGGUCGGGUUUGGCGUGCACCCGGACACCAUCACCUAUAACACCAUCCUCGACGGCUAUUGCAAGAGGGGCAUGUUGAAGGACGCACGAGACCUGCUCGCUGAAAUGAAAACAAAGGAUAUCCCCCAAAAUCGGUCCACCUAUAAUACCUUAAUUGCUGCCUACUGUCGCCAGGGGUGGCUAAAAGAGGCUAGGAAAGUCAUUGAGGCAAUGAAGGGGUCAAAUUUCCCCCCAGACAUUUGGACCUAUAACAUGCUUGUUGCUGGAUUGUGCUGUGAUGGCCGCAUUGACGAAGCCUUCCGUUUGAAGGAUGAGAUGGAGAGACUUCACUCACCCCCUGACGUUGUCACCUAUAAUACACUUAUCAAUGGGUGCUUCCAAUGUAGCAGGAGCUUCGAUGCAUUCCUUGUUUUUGGAGAGAUGAAGCAAAAGGGCGUGAAGCCAAGCUUGGUCACCCAUAAUAUUAUCUUCAAAGGAUUGUGCAAGGAGGGAAAGAUGCGGGAGGCUGUCGAGUCACUGAGAAAGAUGGAGGAGGAGGGAGUGAUACCAGAUCCCAUUACCUACAAUACUUUGAUUAGUGGUUACUGCAAAGCAGGCGAGGUGGGAAAAGCUUUUGAGUUGAUGAAUGAAAUGGUUGAAAGAGGUCUUAAGAUGGACACUUUCACUCUGAAUACUGUCCUUUACAAUCUCUGUAAAUUGAAGCGGUUUGAUGAGGCAUGUAAUAUGCUUCGUAGCCCACCAAAGCAGGGUUUUGUGCCUGAUGAAGUUAGCUAUGGUACCAUUAUCGAUGCCUAUUUUAAGGACGGGAAUCCUGAUGAAGCAAUGAAACUAUGGGAUGAGAUGAAUGAGAAAAAGAUUUUGCCCCAAGUCACUACAUAUAAUUCUGUUAUCAGUGGAUUGUGCAGGUCAGGUAGAACAGAGGAAGCAAUUAAGAAGUUGGAUGAGCUUACCGAGAAGGGGCUGGUGCCAGAUGAGACUACAUACAAUACUAUAAUUCAUGGAUUCUGUAAAGAGGAUGAUUUGGAGCAAGCUUUCCAGUUUCAUAAUAAGAUGGUGGAGAAAUCAUUCAAACCAAAUGUAAUUACAUGUAGCAUUCUUAUGAAUGGUUUGUGUAAUGAUGCUAAGGUUGAUAAGGCUCUUAAUUUGUUCAAGGCGUGGGUUUCAAAGGGGGAGGUAGUGGAUGUAAUUACAUAUAAUACUCUGAUAAAAGGACUUUGCAAGGAGGGUAAAGUUGACGCUGCAUUGGAACUUUUUGGUGACAUGGAGGAUAAGGGUCUGAAACCUGACGCCUAUUCCUACAGUUUAAUUCAAAGCGCACUGUCUGAGGCAGGAAGAUCAGAAGAAGUACAGAACAUGCAGUCUAAGAUGGUUGAGAUGGGAAAAUUGACUGAGCAGUUGACUUUGCCAUGGUCAUCCGAAAUCCCAACUUUAUCAGAGACAAACACAGAACAAAAGGAGUUGUCUGAUGCUUCAAAGGUGAAUUCAGAAGAUAUUAGCUCCUCCACCUACUCGGAACGCAUUAAUGAGCUAUGCAACAGUGGGGAGUUCAAAGAAGCUAAGCUUGUUCUAGAAGAGAUGACCAAGAAAGGUGUACCUGCUGAUAAUUCAGUUUAUGUCACUUUGAUGGAUGGAUUUAUUAAGCAGCAGAAGAGAAUUACCAAAUGUCCUGGAUAACCUUCUCAGCCAUAUGCUUCUCCCUGGCCUUUUCUGCUGUAGAAAAGGUGACAGCAGAAAACUCAAGUCUUGUAUCAACUUCAAUUGGCUUCAAACUUGAUCGAACACUUUAAUAAGUGUGAGGGAAUCCCCAAUAAGUUGAGGGGAUAGAUUGGAAUUCAUUUUUCUAUAGAAAUGAAAUUGAAAUCAAAGGCUCAAUUUGAAGUGGAAUUGGAUGAAGGGACGUGCUUACUAUGGUGGAGCCCUAUCAGAUUGUGUUGUUUACUAGCACAUCUAAUAGACAAUGAAGUCGGUACUUCAAGAUUAAGCUAAUGACAACAGGAAUAUGCUAGGGAAGAUGGAAGAAUGUUUAUUUGCCAUAUUAUGGAAGAUGGAAGAGACCGGUUGCUUCAUUUGGUUGAUCUCUCGUUCCACCUAUGUCUCUAUGCAACAGAUUUGCUGUUCUCUUCGUGAUCGUGCUGAACUCAACAACGUAGCCCAUUUUAACUGUUCUUUUGUGUAGUCCCUUUGCUGAGCUAAGUUGUGUUCUUCGUGGUUCAUGCUUAAGAAUGGUUUCUACAGAAUUUUGUCAAAGCUCAUCUCAGAGUAAAAAUCAACUGGCUCCAAGGAUACAAUGGUUUAGGAAUUAAGCUCCAAUUAUCCUAUCACAGUUGAGUUAUUGGCAUUUUUGACGAUAAUUGUAUUGGCUAUCAUUUUUCUUCGUAGUCAGCUUCCGGCCAAAAUAACACAGAAUGAAUGCCCAUGUUUUGAGGAUUGAAUCCGUGGGAUCCACCACCAAUGCUCCAAACCAAGUGCUAAUUUUUCAUUCCUUUCCUCCGUUAAUUGUUGUUGCCAGUUAUUAAAUUCAAUUUAAGCCUGCAAAUGAGUCUUGUUAAGUAAUUUGUGCAGUUGCACUAAAAUUAGAAAUGAAUUAAGCAUGUCAAAUGGUAGAGUACAAGUGUAUUAGAUUCUUUGUUUUUUUGAUUACUCGACGCUGGCAAUUAGUCCUUGAAGAAGAAAAAGGAAUGGCGUUAAGGACUUUUUUUUUAA